AUGAAGGGAGAGCCGGACUCAUCUGUCCCUGAAUCAAGAAAAGGCCUCGAUGAGGCUGGGAGCGGAAGGGAGCUGCGGGAAGAAACCGUGCAGAAGAGCCUGGCAGACAACGUCCUCUCUCCAGAUGUGCAUCUCCAGCAAUUCAGGCACUUCUGCUAUGAGGAUGCCCAGGGGCCUCGAGUGGUCUGCAGCCGACUCCACCGUCUUUGCCACCAGUGGCUGAAGCCGGAAAGGCACACCAAGAAGGAGAUGCUGGACCUGGAUCUGGUGGCCUUUGAGGAGGUGUGUGUCCAUUUCAAUGAGGAGGAGUGGGCCCUGCUGGAUCUGGAACAAAGAAUCCUUCACAAGGAAGUUCUGGAGGCCUUUGAGGAGGUGUCUGUUUGUUUCACGGUAGAGGAAUCGGCUCUGCUGGAUCCGGACCAAAGAAGACUUCCAAAGGAAGAAAUGGAGGACAGUUGCCAGAAUGUAGCCUCUCUAGGUAAUCUUACUGCCCAUCGACGUAUCCACACUGCAGAGAAACCAUAUAAAUGCUUGGAGUGUGGAAAGAGCUUUGCUCGGAAUACAGAGCUUACUGCCCAUCGACUUGUCCACCAAGCGGAGAAACCAUAUAAAUGCUUGGAGUCUGGAAAGAUCUUUGUUGGGAGUCCAAACCUUAUUAUCCAUCAACGAAUAUACCCAGAAGAAAAAUUGUAUAAAUGCUCUGAGUGUGGAAAGAGGUUUGCCCGGAGUUCAGGCCUUAUUGUCCAUCGACGAAUUCACACUGGGGAGAAACCAUAUAAAUGCCUGGAAUGUGGAAAGACCUUUGUUGCAAGUCCGGGCCUUAUUGUCCAUCGGCGAAUCCACACAGGGGAGAAGCCAUAUAAAUGCUCGGAAUGUGGGAAGUCCUUUGCUGGAAGUCCAGGCCUUAUUGUUCAUCAACGAAUCCACACAGGAGAGAAACCAUAUAAAUGUUCAGAGUGUGGAAGGGCUUUUGCUAAGGGAUAUCUUCUGGAACACCAAAGAAUUCAUACAGGGGAGAAACCUUAUAAGUGCUGGGAGUGUGGAAAGAGCUUUGCUCAGAAUUCACAGCUCACUGUCCAUCGACGAAUCCACACAGGGGAGAAACCAUAUAGAUGCUUGGAGUGUGGAAAGAGCUUUGCUCAGCAUUCACUGCUUACUACCCAUCGACGAAUCCACACUGGGGAGAAACCAUAUAAAUGUCUGGAGUGUGGUAAGGGCUUUGCUCAGAGUUCACACCUUAUUUCACAUCGCCGAAUCCACACUGGGGAGAAACCAUAUAAAUGCUUGGAGUGUGGAAAGAGCUUUUCUCAUAAUUUCUUCUCCGAAGACUCACAGUUCUCCAUGCGAUGCCUCUGA